UCGUAACGUGUCAAUGUUUGUUUGUUUUCAUUGUUGCGUUCAGUUCGGCAAAGUACUUAAAGUUUGUUUGAUUGUUUUGUUGUUGGAGAAAGAAGACGAUCAGGAGAGAAAACUCACGAGUCAACAAUUAUGACGAGUAAUAGUGCUGGGAUUGUUGGGCUACCACUGACAAUUGAAUUUAGAGGUGGAGCUGAGUUGUUGUUUGAAAAUAAAAAAAAACACAGUAUUACGUUGUCCGGAGACGAAGAAUGGACAUUAAAUACGUUGAUCCUAUGGUUGCGUGAUAAUAUGCUAUCGGAGAGGCCAGAACUUUUUGUCUCCGAAGAUACAGUGAGGCCAGGAAUUCUUGUCUUGGUGAACGACGCAGACUGGGAACUAUAUGGCCAGGGCGAGUACGUGCUGAAGCCGAACGACACUGUGACGUUUAUUUCGACGCUACACGGCGGUUAACGUCGCCCACGCCUGGCUGGUUGAAUUUUCGGACAGAGGAGCCCCA